AUGGCUCUGGACCAGCUCUACCCGGUGCUGGAAGUGUUCUUGAUAACCAUCUUGGUGGUGGAAGGCAUCGCUGUGGCUCAAAAAACACAAGUUGGGCGGGAUCUUGGAAGUAACCGCAUGGCAUCUACUCAGUGUAGCGACUGGGUUCGAACAAGCAACGGAGGCCACUUUGCUUCAUUCAACUUUCCUAACUUCUACCCACCCAAUCAGGAAUGUGUCUAUAUUUUAGAAGCUGCCCCGCGGCAAAGGAUAGAGUUGACAUUCGACGAGCCGUUCUUUGUCGAGCCUUCCUUCGAAUGCCGGUUCGAUCACCUGGAAGUUCGAGACGGUCCUUUUGGGUUCUCCCCGGUCAUCGAUCGCUAUUGCGGCUUGAAAAGCCCCGGACCGAUUAGGUCAACAGGAAGAUUUAUGUGGAUCAAGUUUACUUCGGAUGAAGAAUUGGAAGGACGAGGAUUUAAAGCCAAGUAUUCAUUUAUCCCAGAUCCUGAUUUCACCCACCGAGAAGACUGCCAAUUUGAGCUCUCCGGAGCCGAUGGCAUAGUGCGCUCGAGCCAGGUAGAGCAUGGAGAAAAAGUCAAGCCGGGGGAAGCCGUCGACUGCAUAUGGACAAUUAAGGCGACUCCAAAUUCCAAGAUUUAUUUGAGAUUUCUGGACUAUCAGAUGGAGCACUCCAAUGAAUGCAAGAGAAACUUCGUGGCCGUCUACGACGGAAGCAGUUCCAUUGAGAACCUGAAAGCCAAGUUUUGCAGCACCGUGGCUAACGACGUGAUGCUUCAAACAGGAAUCGGGGUGAUUCGCAUGUGGGCGGACGAAGGGAGUCGGCUAAGCCGUUUUCAGAUGCUCUUCACUUCAUUUAUGGAUCCUCCCUGUUUAGGUAAUACCUAUUUCUGCCAUAGCAACAUGUGCAUCAAUAAUUCCUUGGUUUGCAAUGGCAUUCAAAACUGUGCGUAUCCCUGGGAUGAAAAUCAUUGCAAAGAAAAGAAGAAAACAGGAUUAUUCGAACAGAUCACCAAAACUCACGGGACGGUCAUUGGAAUUACUUCCGGGAUCGUCUUGGUCCUUCUCAUAAUUUCCAUCCUGGUGCAGAUUAAGCAACCUCGGAAAAGAGUCAUGACCUGUAAGACCACUUUCAACAAGACCGGCUUCCAGGAGGUUUUCGACCCUCCCCACUACGAGCUCUUCUCCCUGAGGGACAAAGAGAUUUCGGCCGAUUUGGCUGACCUCUCCGAGGAACUGGAAAACUACCAGAAAAUGAGGCGCUCCUCCACCGCCUCGCGGUGCAUUCACGACCAUCACUGCGGCUCGCAAGCCGCCACCGCCAAGCAAAGCAGGACCAACCUCAGUUCCAUGGAACUCCCUUUCCACAACGAUUUCGCCCCUCCGCAGCCGAUGAAAACCUUCAACAGCACCUUCAAGAAAAGCAGCUACACCUUCAAGCAGGCUCACGAAUGUCCCGAGCAGGUGAUCGAAGACCGGGUGAUGGAGGAGAUCCCAUGCGAAAUCUACGUCCGGGGUCGUGAAGAGGCGGCUCAGGGUACCUUAUCGAUGGAUUUUUAA